AUCCCUCCAGGUCCGCCUCCUUGGUGAGGAGGAGGAGAAGGAGAAGGAGGCGGAGGCGGAGGGAGGAGGAAGCCCCGUCGCGGCCUCCGCCGCCGCCAACGGGGCUGUCCCUGUACCUCCCGAUGGAGUUUGAGGCCGUGAAGCCGCCGCCGAGCUCUGCCCCGGCGAGACGAGGCGCCUCCGUCGCCGAGCCGCGCGGUCGCGGGGCUCCCGGGAGCGGCCCUUAGCGACCCCGCCCGGUCCCCCUCAGCUUACAAAACACUACCCAGCAAAAUAAUGAUCUGCUAGACUGCUAACCCGAGCAUCCAGCUUCCACAAUGCCUGUGCAGGCAGCUCAAUGGACAGAAUUUCUGUCCUGUCCAAUCUGCUAUAAUGAAUUUGAUGAGAAUGUGCACAAACCCAUCAGUUUAGGUUGUUCACACACUGUUUGCAAGACCUGCUUGAAUAAACUUCACCGAAAAGCUUGUCCUUUUGAUCAGACUGCCAUCAACACAGACAUUGAUGUGCUUCCUGUCAACUUCGCACUUCUCCAGUUAGUUGGAGCCCAGGUACCAGAUCAUCAAUCAGUAAAGUUAAGUAAUUUAGGUGAGAACAAACACUAUGAGGUUGCAAAGAAAUGUGUUGAGGAUUUGGCACUCUACUUAAAACCACUAAGUGGAGGUAAAGGUGUAGCUAGUUUGAACCAGAGUGCACUGAGCCGUCCAAUGCAAAGGAAACUGGUGACACUUGUAAACUGUCAACUGGUGGAGGAAGAAGGUCGUGUAAGAGCCAUACGAGCAGCCCGUUCACUUGGAGAAAGAACUGUAACAGAACUAAUAUUACAGCACCAGAACCCUCAGCAAUUGUCUGCCAACUUAUGGGCUGCUGUCAGGGCUCGAGGAUGCCAGUUUCUAGGGCCAGCUAUGCAAGAAGAGGCCUUGAAGCUGGUGUUGCUGGCAUUAGAAGAUGGUUCUGCUCUCUCAAGGAAAGUUCUGGUACUUUUUGUUGUGCAAAGACUAGAACCAAGAUUUCCUCAGGCAUCAAAAACAAGUAUUGGUCAUGUUGUGCAACUACUGUAUCGAGCUUCUUGUUUUAAGGUUACCAAAAGGGAUGAAGACUCUUCCCUGAUGCAGCUAAAGGAGGAAUUUCGGAGUUAUGAGGCUUUACGCAGAGAACAUGAUGCCCAAAUUGUUCAUAUUGCUAUGGAAGCAGGACUGCGUAUUUCACCUGAGCAGUGGUCUUCACUUCUGUAUGGUGACUUGGCGCAUAAAUCACACAUGCAGUCUAUCAUUGAUAAGCUGCAGUCUCCAGAAUCAUUUGCAAAGAGUGUUCAGGAAUUGACAAUUGUUUUGCAACGAACAGGUGACCCAGCUAACUUAAAUAGACUGAGGCCUCAUUUAGAGCUUCUUGCAAACAUAGACCCUAAUCCAGAUGCUGUUUCACCAACUUGGGAGCAGCUAGAAAAUGCAAUGGUAGCUGUUAAAACAGUGGUUCAUGGCCUUGUGGACUUCAUACAAAAUUAUAGUAGAAAAGGCCAUGAGACACCUCAGCCUCAGCCAAACAGCAAAUAUAAGACUAGCAUGUGCCGAGAUUUGCGACAGCAAGGAGGGUGUCCACGAGGAACAAAUUGUACUUUUGCCCAUUCUCAGGAAGAGCUUGAAAAGUAUCGAUUAAGGAACAAAAAGAUCAAUGCAACUGUAAGAACGUUUCCUCUUCUAAAUAAAGUUGGUGUAAACAACACUGUCACAACCACAGCCGGAAAUGUCAUUUCUGUCAUAGGAAGUACUGAAACAACGGGGAAAAUUGUUCCAAGUACAAACGGAAUUUCAAAUGCAGAAAACAGUGUUUCCCAGCUAAUUCCUCGUAGUACUGACAGUACAUUAAGAGCUCUGGAGACUGUGAAGAAAGUGGGGAAGGUUGGCACUAAUGGUCAGAAUGCUGCUGGGCCUUCUGCAGAGUCUGUAACUGAAAAUAAAAUUGGUUCUCCACCCAAGACUCCUGUAAGUAAUAUAGCGGCUACCUCAGCUGGGCCCACUAAUGUUGGAACAGAGCUGAAUUCUGUGCCUCCAAAAUCCAGCCCAUUUAUAACUAGAGUACCAGUAUAUCCUCAGCAUUCUGAAAACAUUCAGUAUUUUCAAGAUCCAAGGACUCAGAUACCCUUUGAAGUCCCACAGUACCCACAGACAGGAUACUACCCACCACCUCCAACAGUACCAGCUGGUGUGGCUCCCUGUGUUCCUCGCUUUGUGAGGUCCAAUAAUGUUCCAGAGUCCUCCCUCCCACCUGCUUCCAUGCCAUAUGCUGAUCAUUACAGUACAUUUUCGCCUCGAGAUCGAAUGAAUUCUUCUCCUUACCAACCUCCUCCUCCGCAGCCGUAUGGACCAGUUCCUCCAGUACCUUCUGGAAUGUAUGCUCCUGUGUACGACAGCAGGCGCAUCUGGCGCCCACCUAUGUACCAACGAGAUGACAUUAUUAGAAGCAAUUCUUUACCUCCAAUGGAUGUGAUGCACUCGUCUGUGUAUCAGACGUCUUUGCGGGAAAGAUAUAACUCAUUAGAUGGGUAUUAUUCAGUGGCUUGUCAGCCACCAAGUGAGCCAAGGACAACUGUGCCUUUACCAAGGGAACCUUGUGGUCAUUUGAAGACCAGUUGCGAGGAGCAGAUAAGAAGAAAGCCAGAGCAGUGGGCACAGUACCACACUCAGAAAGCACCUCUUGUCUCUUCAACUCUUCCUGUGGCAACACAGUCACCAACACCACCUUCUCCUCUAUUCAGUGUAGACUUCCGCACUGAUUUCUCUGAAAGUGUGAGUGGCACAAAAUUUGAAGAAGAUCAUCUUUCCCAUUAUUCCCCCUGGUCUUGUGGCACCAUAGGUUCCUGUAUAAAUGCUAUCGAUUCAGAGCCCAGAGAUGUAAUUGCUAAUUCAAAUGCUGUGUUAAUGGACCUGGACAGUGGAGAUGUUAAGAGAAGAGUGCAUUUAUUUGAAACUCAGAGAAGGACAAAAGAAGAAGAUCCAAUAAUUCCUUUUAGUGAUGGACCUAUCAUCUCAAAAUGGGGUGCAAUUUCUAGAUCUUCCCGUACAGGUUACCAUACCACGGAUCCUGUCCAGGCCACUGCUUCCCAAGGAAGUGCGACUAAACCUAUCAGCGUAUCAGAUUAUGUCCCUUAUGUCAAUGCUGUUGAUUCAAGAUGGAGUUCAUAUGGUAAUGAAGCUACGUCAUCAGCACAUUAUAUUGAACGGGACAGAUUCAUUGUUACUGAUUUAUCUGGUCAUAGAAAGCAUUCCAGUACUGGAGACCUUUUGAGCAUUGAACUUCAGCAGGCCAAGAGUAACUCGUUGCUUCUUCAGAGGGAGGCCAAUGCUCUGGCCAUGCAACAGAAGUGGAAUUCCCUGGACGAAGGCCGUCACCUUACCUUAAAUCUUCUAAGCAAGGAAAUUGAACUGAGAAAUGGAGAGAGUGAUUAUACAGAAGAUGCAGCUGAUACUAAGCCUGAUAGGGAUAUAGAGUUAGAGCUUUCAGCACUUGAUACUGAUGAACCUGAUGGACAAGGUGAACAGAUUGAAGAGAUCCUGGACAUACAGCUUGGUAUCAGUUCUCAAAAUGAUCAGUUACUGAAUGGAACAGCAGUAGAAAAUGGGCAUCCAGUCCAACAACACCAAAAGGAGCCCCUGGAGCAGAAGAGACAGAGUUUAGAUGAAGACCAUGUGAUUCUGGAGGAGCAAAAAACAAUUCUGCCGGUAACUUCUUGCUUUAGUCAGCCACUCCCAGUGGCCAUUAGCAAUGCGAGUUGCCUCCCUCUUGCCACAUCUGUCAGUGUUGGCAACCUCAUUCUGAAAACUCAUGUUAUGUCUGAAGAUAAAAACGACUUUUUGAAACCUGUUGCAAAUGGGAAGAUGGUUAACAGCUGAAAAGAGGUUCAUCUUUCAAAUCUGUGACCAUACCAUGGAAGCAUUUACACUAGCUUUUUAUAUAUAUAAUAUAUAUUAUAUAAUGUAUAUUUUUUUUAAAAAAAAGAUAUUACUGGGGGCAUCCAUUUCCUGUGGACUCUUUGAUACUUCAAGCCCUCUUGCAUUAGCAUUAUGAAAAAAAAGAAAAUUUACUUUACUAGGGUAACACGUUCACUUUCCAGAAGUGAUUGGAAUUUGGACAUUUAACUUAAGCUUCAAGCAGCUUUUUAUGAGUUUGUAGCAAUCCGGUGCAGUAACUGAGCCAUUUCCUAUUUUAAAUGGCUUCUAUAGAAAAUUAACAACUCAGUUAUUAAACUAGCAGGAUCCUACAAUGAUACAUCUAGUGAAAGUAGACUUAAUUAACUUAUUUAUUUCUAUUUUAUGUUUCACUGAGAGAAAUUUCCAUCUCAUUCCAGCUGCUUUAUUUAUCUUUUUCAUGGGACUUUGCAUGGAUUUUUUUUUCUUUUUUUUUUUUUUUUUUAAAUUUUGAAGAGUGGAGUUAGAUGUUCUUACCAUAGAAUUUUACAGGGUUAUAUACUAGCUUUCUUUACUGCAUUAUAUGUAGGAGUGUGGUGCAGUGCUUUUAUCUGUAGCAUUUAAAUUUUUUUCAAUUUUCCAUUUUUCAAAAAUAGUUUCUGCUUUGUUAAUAUUUAUACACAGGCUACUUGUUGAAGUAAGUAAUUAAAUAUAUAACCAAGUGCCUAAGUCUUUCAGCUGAUGUACUAGAUAUUAAAUUCUCCUAAGUUAUGCAGAAUCGUUUUUACAAUUUUGAUAAAUUAUGCACUAAUGUAAUGGCAGUUUUUUAAAAUGCAGAUUUAAGCCUGUACAUUAUGAAUCUGAUGACUUGGCAAAAGAAUCAGGUGCUUUCAGCUUUCUUGAGAAAACCCUGUAUGUAGUGUUUGCACUGACUAACAAGAUGGUAUUGCUGGGUUUUUAAUUUAAACUAAUUAAUUUGGAUGUUCAUUGCAUUAUCUUGGUUAAAUAUUGUUUAUUGUUACUUCAUGUUGGGGUUUAAUUUUCCUUGUUUUUCUGACUGUUAGGUUGAUAAGACUAUGAACCAUGUAAUAAUAGAACAUUGGCUAACCUUUAUUCAUACUUAAAAACAUGAAUAAUUUCUGCCCUGCUAAAAUGUGACUGAAAAGUGUUUUGACUUGGCAUCUGAAAGUAUGCAGUAUGUUCAACCAGCCAGGCUCCAGAUUUGUGGGAGGUAUUUUAUUGAAACCUAAAUUUCAGUCAACAUUUGAAAACAAAAGCUGGGCAUUCCUUCUGGGUGAUCUUACCUGUAGUUUGUGUCUUUGUUUUUCCCCCCAUUUCUUUAAGAUUAGUUUGACUUUUACUAUUAUUUUUAAUUAACUUCUGUGAAGUUGUUUACUCUAAAAAUUGUACUGGAAUAUUUUAAGCCAAGCUGAUCUUUCACCAGGUGUACUGUAUGUAAGGGCUUUUCCUGCUAGCAAGAUGCUUAAACAGGAUCAUGUUAUUGGUCGUCUGAGCUAUUUAGUUGUUUUACAAAACCACAGCAUUGUAUCAGAUAAGAUUUUGAUAAAAAGUUUUGUGCACAUUUCCAGGGGCGGGAGGGUUGACAUUUCCCUGAAAUUUCUUGAUCAGAAUGAGUAAAUAACUGGUGUUUGAUACCUGUCUUAAUGAACAUGCUCAUAAGGUGACUGAUAAGUUGUAAAUAUACCUGAGAAACAAAGGGGUAGUUUUGAUAUUCUGGUGUCAGUAUGGAAGAUCUUACACAUUUAUUUAAUACUCAAAUGUAUGAAGAUGUUUGUUUGUAGCAUAACAGCACAGUAGCCUUGACUUAGUUUCCUUGGUUAGUACUGUACCUUUUUGCCAUGGCCAGUGCCCCCAUCCCUACAAGGACAUUUUAUUUAUUUCACUCUGUAACCUGAAAUGAAUAGGAACAAGAGUUUUAAACCAUGUUACAUUAACUUAUUUCCGACAUUAUAAAUUAGCCUAGGAUAUUACAGGAACGUGAUUGUUAUAUAAUUUAUAUCAGAACCUUUCUAUAAAUAUGCGCUUAUUACAUUUGAAAUGCUUCCAAUGUACUUUAUUUGCUGUUUGUAUUUCCAAAAGGAUAUGCAAACCAGUAUGUCUAUUUCAUGGAUAUUUAAAUAGUGAGAUCUUCCAUGUUGAAGGUAAUGUAUUUUUUUUUAAGAUUUUAAAAUUGCUAUUUUGUUACAAAAUAGAGACCUAUUAACAGUUUGAGAGCUCCUUAUGUGCCCUCAGGGAAAGAACCCUCUGUGCAACAGAACUACGCAAAACAUCUUCAGCACGUUCUGAGGGUGAAUAUAUACUACAUAAAUUGAUCUUGUGUAUUUAACCUUAUCUUUUUAAUUUUAAAAUUGAAGUUUUGAAACUUGGUUGUGCUCUGCUGGAGGGGGUUGGGAUAAACUGCUUAGGUGUUUGCCUACUUGUCCAGUGAAAUUACAUUUGCAUCAGUGUAUGUAUAUACCUGCCAACUUAUUGGUAUGUCUCAGAACAUUUAUAUUAAAAUAAUGCUUGUCUUGCAGCAGGUGAUCCCAUAAAACAGUAACUCCCUGUUCUUAAAAACUUACUCUCUUCCUCACUAACAACAUAGGAAUUGUUUCCAUGUUGGGAUUUUUCGGUAUUGCAUCCUUUAUGUAGUAAUCAUCUUCUCUUUCUUAUGGUGUGUUGGAUGUGAAACAAAGACAUUGGUUCUCUGCCAUUUGAGAAGGAAGAGCAGUUUAUCUGAUCCUUCUUAUGGAAAGGUACCUAAUGAUAUCAUAGAGGAAAAAAUUACAAAUCGGACCUAGAAUGUGACUUUUUAAAAUAGGGGGCAUUCCCUGUCAUUUGACCGUUUACCAACAUGUUGUGAUGCACAUAUUUUUGAAAUCAAAGGAUAUAAAGCAAUAGGAGAGGAAGUUUGUAAUGUUGUCAACUAAACUGCAUAUGUGGUGUAUGGUCUCAUAAGGAAAAAGUAAUCCGAGGUCUGGAAAGUGGGAAAAUGGUGAGGUUUUGGUUUUGUUCUGACUUCUUGUGUUUUUAAAAAUUUCUAGUCCCAUUCUGAAGACCAUGUGCCUCAUUCAGAUACUGUGAUGUAGCAUCAGUAGUUCUUUCUUUGUGGUCUCAUUUCAUCUUAGGAAUCCUGGGAAAGUUACUUAAGUAUGUCAUCUAGUUGGUAACUGAACAAAGCAGAUUCCUUUGCCUUUCCUGCCAUGACUUACUUUCAAUACCAUCUAGUAAACCAGCGUCAGGCAUGAAAGUUGUGCAUCGUAAUUUUCAAGAGAAGGUACUUCAGUGGGUCAGUGGCACUGAUGUUUUUCCUAGUAACUGUUGACUCUCACAAGAGGAUAGUAAAAGAAACCUAUACUAGAACUGAAAUUUUCCAUUUGUAUGGAUCUGGUCACUUUCACUCAAGUUUCAAGUUGAUUCUAAGUUUAUAAAGCACAUCCCAGUUUUACAUGCUGCCUUGAGAAAAUUACCAGAUGCACAGUGAUUUGUAGGAAUUAAAAAUGGGAUCAUUUAAACAUUUGAAAACAUUGUUUUAAAAACCAUCUAGCUUGCUUUUGCAUUUUAGAUGUUAAAGCCCAUGUUAUCUUGUUAACAGGGGUGGCGUUUGUAAUGAUCAGAUUCAGCAUGUGAUUUCGACUUUGAAUAUUUCUUCCCUAGCUUCUAGAAUCAUUUUCGGAGCAGACUGUCACCAGUAUUGGUGACUAAUCAUUCAAGGGGAAAGUUGCAUUGCAACUAUGUAUUAGUUUCCUGGAAGAACUUUCCCUGUGUUUUAGUGAAUGAAGAGUGUUAAUGGGAUCACUUACUGUAACUCCUUCUACAUAAGAACCCCUUCUGCAAGCAGAACACAAAUGAACAUGCUCAAGGAGUAUCUCAUUUUCUGGGUAAAUUGAAUAAAUUUGCUAGUUACUCCUUUAUAGUAGUGGUUUCUUUGUAUCCCUUUGCUGGCAAGGGAAUACAAGGAGUCAAGGCCACCAAUCAGAACACCCCACAUUUGAGUGGAGUCCUGUUUUUACUCCAAGAGCAGUUAUUCCCCCAAGUCUGAAAUUGGCAGUUUUUUUUUUCUUUUUUUAAAUAAAAAAAUUUAAAUAUCCUUAAACCAGUGGAACACAGACACUGGCUGCACUUAGUACUGCCACAAGCCAAGGUCAUUUGCAUAUAUUCCAUCAAUCUGUCAAGAAUUAGGCCUCACUUUAUAACCCAAGGCAUGGAAGUGCAUGCAUUCUCGUAGCUGGGCAAACAAUUAUACUGUAGUUGUGAUACAACACAUGUGGCUUUUAUUUGUACUGCACAUAUCCACUGUACAGCCACUUGGGAGUAUCGUGGUUAGCUUGCAGCAACUGCUGUCUGCAUUUAUACUGUUUAUUGCAUAUUCUUUUCCCUGGAAGUGAAAGAGAAAUGUUUUUCUUGUUGCAUUGAUUACAUUUUAUAAAUUUGCUUAGCUGGAAAGUUUGGGAAAAGAGGCCUGUUUGUCAAUUGUACAACCGAUUGUGAAGCUCUAGUGUGAAUAUUUUUACGUCUGUAUUAGACAUUUUCUUUGCAAAUCUAUUGUUCGAUUGAAAUGUAAAUGAAAUUAAAGAUGGUGUACACCCAUCAUGUAAAAAGCAGGCACCAUCUCUAAGAUGGAUUUAAUGCUCAUUUUUAAGGCAUAUACUCAGCUUCUAUUUAAAACUAUAAUUUAAAAUAAUUCUGUACAAUGAAAUGGGGAAUAUAUAUGGGAAUAAAUUCUAUUCCAUUUAUUUCAAUUUGAAUUUCCAAAUUGUAAUGUUUCCCUUUGUGCUAUAGGAAUAGGAUUAAAUGGGGGAAGGCUAGGAUUCAUAAGGCCUGUAUAUGGGGGGAGGGCAGAGAUGGAACAAUGAGGGUUGUGAUGAUAGUGAAUAGCAAAGAGUGAAUUCUGUGUGUUUUUGCUGUAGCACUGAAGUGAAGAGAUAUUAGCUUUGGCUGUUCACAGAAUAGAGCAUCAUGAUUUUCAGUGUUUGAGAGAAAAUUGAUGGAAAAAGUUUGCAGUACUUGACAUGUAUUUGCAUGCACAAAAUAAAAUUAUUUGUCCACCUUAAAAGUUGUUUGUUUAGUGUCAAUAUUAAGUUUAUAGUGCAUUUUAGUUAUCUUGACUUCCUUGGUAAAUUUUUUGGUUUAACUAAGCUACCAGGUUACUCCUUAAGAUUUAAACAAUCACCUUGCCUCAUGCAUUCAUCACUGGGAAGGAUCUGAAAGAAAUGAAUAGGCCAGGGAGGUUGAAAUAGUCCUCAAUUCAAUCAAUCACUUUGUUCAUUCAAUAUAGAGUACUUUCUGUAUGGGAGAUGAGGGUGUAGAUAAUACUAGCAGUUCACAGUCUAAUGGAGAAAAUAGGACAAAUAGAUAAAUAACGAAUAUGAAGCAAUAUAUUACAGAAGUAUGAAGACUGUUCUGUGGAACCUCAGAAUGUAACAGAAAAUGGCCUGAGUGAUUCUAGACACCAUUUUCACUGGGCCUUGAGUAGUUUUACUCAUUCACUCAACUGAUGAAUUUUAAGCCCCUGUCUGUGCUGGUCAUUAGGGUUGAAGGUCAGUGAAACAACAAGCCCUCUCUCUAGAAGCUCUCAGGGUGAGAAAUGGGAAAGACAAAUCUGAAUAACCAGCUCAGUGAGCUAUGUUCUUGUAUAAGGUAUAUGGAAACUCCAAAAGGGAAAUUAUGGAGUGGAUGGUAGUGAUAGUGAGCCAGAGGAACUGCUUCUUUGAGAAAUGACCUCAAAGAAGGGCAUUUCUUUGUAGGCUGAAUAAUAUUUCACCAAGCAGAGCUAAGGGGAGAAAACACCUGAGAACCUACUGUAACUUCACAACAACCCACUCUGUAUCCUAACAGCCCUUCAUUAUAAAUAUUAUGAUCCCUGUUUUGUAUUUGAGAUGUUACGUAACUUGCCCAAGACCUUGUAACUAGAAAGUAAAUAGAGUCAGAUUUCUGAUUCAAGUCUUAUUCUACCUUCCAAAGAUGGUGAUGGUGAUGGUGAUGGUGAUGGUGAUGGUUGGAACCUAUUUUAGCCAUAAGUGUUACAGUGGAAGGAGUGUUUGAAGAAUAGCUUAACUAACUCUUAACAGCACUUAAUAUGUUCCAGACACAGUUGUAAGUGCUGUAGGUAUAUUAUCAUCUAGAACCAUUAUUGUCACCAUUUUACAGAUGAGAAGACUGAGGCAGAGACCUUAGAGAAUUUGUCCAAAUUUGUCCAAUUUGUCCUAUUUACCUCAUCUAGCUAUGUGAUCUGAUCAUUGAGAUCAGAUCACAUAGCUAGAUGAGGUAAAUAGGGACCUUUAUGAAGGACACUAAAUACUAAAGAGACUGUUAGGGAGUCUUGGAAGUUAGAUGAUCUGAUUGAUUUGGGUUUUUAGAAGAUCACUUUGGUAAUAGUCUGAGGUGAAGCUGGAGAUUGACCAGCAGGGAGACCAGGCCAACAAUCUAGGUAAGAAGUGUUUAGGGCAUGGCCAAAGAGAGGAUGGAGGAAGAGAUGGAUUUGAAAAGUAGGAGAGCGCAAUUGACAGGAUUUGUUGUAGAGGAAGCCUACCAGACAUCUCCACAUUAUCAUGGAUUAAAUUUGGCUUAGAAUCCCAGACCUCGUUACUGAAAACAGACCGAUAUUUGUGAAACGGGUGAUCUUAUAUAAGCCCUGGCAUGAUCAUUGAGAUCAGGAAGAAGAGGAGGAACCAUGGAUAGUUGAUCCAGGCAAAGGAGAGGAAACUUAACUGAAGGAAAUGAAAUCCCAGGAAGAUUUUUAUUUUCUUUAUAAUUGACACCUAUUGGAGUAAUGAUCGUGCACUUUAACAAAGAUUUUUUAUAAUUGAAAACUCAGUAAUGCAGUGGUUCCAAACUUACCUGCACAUGGCAAUCACCUAGGGAGCUUUUAAAAAAAUCCCAAAGCCCAGAUCACACCCCAGACCAAUUAAAACACACUCUCAGGAGGUGGGAUCAAGGCAUCAGUGCAUUUGAAGCUCCCCAGGUGCUGCCAAUGUGCAGAAAAGUUUGGGAACCACUGCCAUAAAGAAUGAAAAUGGGUUUGGGGCCUGUCUUAGCCCAGGUGCAUUCAAUAACAUCCAUCAUCAAAUGUUCAGGCCUAGGUAGUUUAGAGAGACUCACUCAACAAAUAUACUUUUGAGAAUCUACUUUGUACUGGGCAUUAGAGAUACAGUAGUGAAUUAGUCCCUAACUUCAUGAAACUUACAUUGUAGUUCUAAGUACUGUGGGCAGUUUUAGAUAGGGCAGUCUGCCGAACAUCUUCAUUUGGAUCUCAAACAUUUCAGACGUAACAUGUCCAAAUCUGAAUCCGCAAAGUGUACCUCCAGUCUUCCCCGUUUCAGUUAUUUCCCCCUUGACUACUCUUCCUAGUACAGCAGCAAGUCCUGUCAGCUCUGCCUUCAAAAUAAAUAUUAAGGGCUUCCCUGGUGGCGCAGUGGUUGAGAGUCUGCCUGCCGAUGCAGGGGACACGGGUUCGUGCCCCGGUCCAGGAGGAUCCCAUAUGCCGCGGAGCGGCUAGGUGCGUGAGCCACGGCCGCUUAGCCUACGCGUCUGGAGCCUGUGCUCCGCAACGGGAGAGGCCACAGCAGUGAGAGGCCCGCGUACCGCAAAAAAAAAAAUUCAGAAUUUUACCACUUCACCACUGAGGUCCAAGCCACAAUUAUCUUUCACCUGAACUGUGAUGGCUUCCUGUUCUCCCUGCUGCUGCCCUUGCCUCCCUUCAGUUUAUUCUCACCACAGCAGCUACAGAGAUCCUCUUAUAAUGUCAGUUUGAUCACUUCACUCUUGUGCUCAGAACCCUCCAAAUGCUUCUCAUCUCACUCAGGGUGAAAGCCAAAGUCUUUUCUUUGAUACUUUGUUCACUAUGCUCCAGCUGCACUGGCCACUGAGAUCUUCACCAGGCCAGCCAGGCAUGUUCCCAUCAUAGGGCCUUUACCCUUGCUGUUCUGUAAGGGUAGGAAGCUUCCCAACCCCUGUAAGAAUCUUCAUCACUAGAUCUCUCACAUUCUUCAGGUCUUUACUCAAAAGUCAACUCAGUGAAAAUUAGAUGCAGAGUAAUGGGGGUGGAGGGUCUGGGGAGUGCUAUUUAAAAUAGAUGUUUUAACCCAAGAGACUGGAUGAGAUCAACUGAAGUUGUUUUUGUUCUGUUUUGUUUUACUUUAUAUUCUGAAAUAAUUAUAGAUUCACAGGAAUUUGCAAAAAUAAUACAGAGAGGACCCAUGUACCCUCAUACAGUUCUGCCAAUGGUAGUAUCUUACAUUACUAUAAUAUCAAAACCAGGAAAUUGACAUUAGUAACAAUCUACAGAACUUACUCAGAUUUCACUUGCUUUCAUAUGCAUUCAUUUGUGUGUGUGUGUGUAGUUCUAUUCAGUUUUUAUCACAUGUAGAUUUGUGGAACCACUACAACUCUCAAGAUAACAGAACUGAAAAAAAAGAUAAUAAUUGUUCCAUCACCUCAAUGAUCCCUUGUGCUACCCCUUUAUAUUCAUGUCCAUUCCCCUCCCUUACCCCCAUCUUCCUAUCCCUGGCCCCUAGCAACCACUGAUUUCUUCUCCAUCUCUGUAAUUUUGUCAUUAUGUGAAUGUUAUAUAAGUGAAAUUAUGCAGACUGUAACCUUUUGAGAUCGGCUUUUUUUUACUCAGCAUAAUUCCCUUGAGAUCCAUCCAAAUUGUUGCAUGUAUUAGUAGUUCAUUCCUUUUUAUUGCUGAGUAGUAUACCAUGGUAUGGACAUAGCACAUUUUGUUUAAACAUUCACCCAUUGAAGAACAUUUGGGUUGUUUAGAUUUUUUGACUAUUAACAAAUAAAGCUGCUAUGAACAUUUGUGUA